AUGUGUGGGAGGAAACAGUCAAGGUGCAAGUGCAGGGUCAAGGCAGCUCUUUGGUUGAAGCGUGAAGAUGGACCUUCCGAACAAGCUGACCUCCAAUGGCAACUGUCUAAAGGCAUUAUCAUCUUCAUCAUCAUUGAAAUGAUGCUAGCGAGAGUGAGCCGAAUCAAGAUGUCUGACAACCAGCCGAAACAGUCCCUUGUAUCUGGAAUGCUUGAAAAAGGCGAUAAAGGAGAAUCUAUGAUGCAACUCCGGGUUCAUCUGUAUGACCUUGCACCGACAACUUUGCUGGCCGCCGGCAUCCAAGCUUCCACUCAUAGUUGGCCUAUUGAAAGCUUUAUUUCCUUUGCAAUACUUCUUGCCGCAUAUAUCAAAAGUAGGAAAGCUUGGACGGUAACAGCCUGGGUGAAAAAUAUCUAG